CCGCCCCGGCAUCACCCAGGUGUUUUCCGAGGAGCGUGUCCGGCGCUUCUCCCGCGGCCGCCUCGGGUUAAACAUCUUUUCGGCUUUGUUUUGUGCUUUUUGGUGAGUCUCCACUCCAGGUGUGCCAGGGAGGAAUUCCUUGCGGCUUCUCCAUACAUCCACUUUUGGCCCCAGGAGCUGCGCCUUGGCUAAGAGCUCACAUGUGACCACAGAGGCACAUCCUUUUCUACCAAGUCCCUAAGUGGCAUUUCUUCAGCUGGGAAAAGGGAGAAGAAAAAAAAGAAAAAAGGGGAGUGUAUUACUGAUUCUGUCACUCUUCAGGAUGAAUUGUUCAUGUGUUAGUUUUAUUUACCAUGUUUUCCCUGUAAUUAAAAUAUUUGUUGCAUCCCCUGUUUCCUAUGUAUCACAGUAGACUGAGCUUUUGUACUUCUGCAAAUUGUUUCAUAUUUUAACAUGUCUUCACAAUAAGCCUUCUUUUCAAAAAAGGCUAAGAGUUCCUAAGAGUUUUCCAGUCUAGAUUCUGUAAUCCACACUGGUUGCCUGAUGCACUCUACUGUGACAAACUGUGAAGUCAGCCUAGACUGCCGGAGCCCUGUUGCAGCUUUGCUGCCUGACCCCUGCUUCCCCAUGCAAAAAAAGCAGCUCCUUUUGUUCUUGGAAAUGCAGUACCUGUUCUUCCUUUAGAAACAAAUCUGGGCUGAUAACAAUGAUGUCAUUCCCACGGGCUGUCAUCAUAGUGGCACUGAUAGUGCUUGGCUGGCUGAGUGUGAAGCUUUGGUCUCUGCUCGGAUCACUCAGCUCUCCAGCAGUGUCACAGGGAUAGCUGGGGCAUCUGUCCCUGUGGCCUGUGAUCUACCUCCACCAGGGCUUAUUGAGGUUAGAUUAAAUUUGCUGGGAGGUGUAAUGAGGCCUUCACCUGAAAAUUUUGUGAUUGGUUAAAUAAGACUUGGCUCACACAGUAUUCACUGAACAGUUUUCAUACAAUGUCUUAGUGCCCAUAUGCAGUGAGAGUUUGUUCCCUGUUUGAUUUUCCUUCCUUUUUUUCCAUUUGUUUUUCCAAUCUCAGCCACCAAUGUAAAAACAGAAGCCUUGAAUAGCAGCAGGCUUACUUUAACAGACAAAGUCCAAAAUUGGAUUCGGCUAUGUGUUUGUGAUCUCUGCACAACAAAAAAGAGGCCCUUUAUCUUGAGGCUUCAGGUGCUGUGCUCUCUUUUUCUUGCCGUGACUCCUGCCAGGCAUGGUGCCAGAUCAUCAACGUGUCUGAGUCACGCUCUCCUCUCCUCACCUCUAUGGAAGGGACAGGCAAUGAAACAAACUGGAGCAUUUCCAUGCCUUCUGGAAGCAAAUACCACCUCUACAUUGGCUUAGCUUUGGCUGUAGGCUCCAGUAUCUUUAUUGGGUCCAGUUUCAUACUGAAGAAGAAAGGACUUUUGAAACUGGCAGACAGAGGAGUCACCCGAGCUGGACAAGGUGGAUAUUCUUAUUUGAAGGAAUGGCUUUGGUGGGCUGGACUGCUGUCAAUGGGAUUAGGAGAAGCCGCAAACUUUGCUGCCUAUGCCUUUGCACCUGCAACCUUGGUUACCCCCUUGGGUGCACUGAGUGUUCUCAUAAGUGCUAUAUUGUCAUCCUAUUUUUUAAAAGAGAAGCUGAAUAUUCAUGGAAAGCUGGGCUGUGUACUGAGCAUUUUGGGGUCAACAGUCAUGGUUAUUCAUGCUCCAGAGGAGGAGGAGGUCACCUCACUAGAUGAGAUGGAAAGAAAGCUGCAAGAUCCAGUGUUUGUUACAUUUGCUGUUCUCCUAACAGUCAUUGCCCUCGUCCUGAUCAUUGUUGUGGCUCCAAAGAGAGGUCAGACAAAUAUCCUGAUCUACAUUUUAAUUUGCUCACUCAUCGGUGCCUUCUCUGUCUCGUCUGUGAAAGGCCUGGGCAUUGCCAUUAAACAGAUGCUGCAGAGGAAGCCAGCCUAUCGCCAUCCCCUGGUUUACAUUUUGGUGGGCAUCUUGGUGCUCUCAGUCAGCACUCAGAUCAACUAUCUCAACAAAGCCCUGGACGUGUUCAACACAUCCCUUGUGACCCCCAUUUACUACGUGUGCUUCACCACGACAGUGGUGACGUGCUCCAUCAUCUUGUUCAAGGAGUGGAGUAGUAUGGAACCGGGUGAUAUCAUAGGAACCCUGAGUGGGUUCUGCAGCAUCAUCAUCGGCAUUUUCCUACUGCAUGCUUUCAAAAACACUGACAUCACCUGGAGUCAGCUUAUGUCCAGUGUUGCCAAAGAACCGUCACUGCCCCACCGUGAGUUUGAAACCAGUCACACUUUGCUGGAGAGCAUGGAAGAUCCAGCUUUGGCAUAUGAGGAGGACAACAUUUUGUUCAGUCAGUGAAACACUCAAGCAGUGUUCAUCAUCAAAGUAUCAUGAAUUGCAAACUCAGCCCACCCAUGUCUAUCAGAAAGCUCUACUUUUCUGCAGUUCUCUGGAAGUUUGUCUGUGAGGCCUGUUAAGUGUGGACCACUCCUCUCUAUGUCAGCUGUUGGCAGUAAUGAUUGAAAAUGUUCAGUAAUUAGCACGACAGCCAGAAACCUGGUGGUGAUUAUAUGUUAGGCAAUGAAAAACAUGGCCCUUUUUUUAUGUAUCAUCUCUUCUUGGGAAAUAUUAGCAAAAAAGAAUGGUCUUUGUAAGUCAUGUUUAAAAAAUGCAAUUUUCUUUUGAUGAUAAAAGACAAUCCUUGCUGAAGUGGCAGGUACUCUGCUAUUACCUUGGUGAUGGCCUUAAUAUUUCUGGCUUUCUUUAUAUUUUUAUAAUUUAUUGCCAAGUGAGUUUGUAGAUACUCUACAUGAAGGAUAUUCAUUGGAGAUGUAAUAUGAGGAAAACAGUGUUUAACCCUUUCCAUUUUUAAUAUAAAAUUUUAUGCAAGUUUUUUUCACUUUUGAUGACCUGCCAAUGAACAUUGAUUAGAUGUCACAAAAAAAAAUUUAGCAAAUACAAUUCUUGAUACAUCUCAGCUUUUCUACCCAAGGAAUCCUGAAUGGAUUGUGACUCUCUGAAUGUGCCUGUACUUUUUUAUUUCAAAACUAAGUCCUGGUUUAAGAAAAAGAAAAUUCAUUAGAGGCCUGAAAACAGUUGCUACUGGCAUAAAAAGAUACAUGACGUAAUAGAAUUUAGUAUUCAAAAGCAGGAGAAAACCAGAACAUGCAAUUAAACAUUUCCACUUUUUUUAUAUUAUUUUGAGGAUUAAGAAGGGGCUUUACUUAUUUCCAUACUUUUUCCUAAUAUAGCCAUCUAUUAAUUAGAACCCGCUUAAGCUUUUCAAAUUUUUUCCCUCAUUUUCUGGGAAGGUAUUGUUCUUUAUUACUAGUAAAGCAGUCCUGUUAAUUUUUAUUCUUAGUGCAAAAUUCAUUUUACAAUCCUUGCAAUACUAAAAAUACUAAGUAAAGGAUGGGCUGUAGGCAAGGGGUGAGAAACGUCAGAAUGUCUUUUUUUUAGUUUGAACUUUUCUAAAUAAUAAUAUUCGCCCCUAUUAGAUGUUUAACACUAUAUUAACCUACCAGAAGCCUUGAAGAUUGGUAACUGUACUGUAGUUCCUCAGUUGUGGUCACUGAUCUUCCUGUCACAAAAAAAGCUUGCACAGUCCAUGGUUUACUCAUUACAAUUCUCUUUGCUUUCCACUUUGUAAGUAAGUAACUUCAGCAAUCAGACGUGUGGUUGGUGACAAGCUCAUCAGAAAGCAGCAUUUCCAGUCUUUGAAUUUUUAAGUGUGAGUCCAGAAAGUUUGCCAGAGAUGCCAGCACUUCAGCAGUUAAAAAAACCCCUGGUUUUAAUCAGCUGAAAUUUAUAUGCCAAGCAGAACUUCCUCAUGAAGCAAGCUAUAUGUUUUCUAAUGUUAAAAGGUUUGGUAGAAGAGGGCGGUUUGGAUGGAUAGAAAAUUGUUCUGCCAAAGAAAGCUCAUCCUUUACAAAAGGGUUGCUGCUUAUAUUUCAUAUAUUUGUGUGGCGUCACUGUUACCCAGCAAAAGGGACAUUUUCACUAAAAACAUACUUGCCUUCAAAAUAUAAUGACAUUGUAUACAUUAUCAAUUUGGAUAAUUGAGAGAUGAAAUUCACAGCAAUUCUUUGCUGUUAAAAUACUUGUGUUAAAAAAGCUUCAGACAAGAAAAUCUACUAACAGGGUUUCAUUAAUUCUUAGUUAAUGUAGAGAAUACUUUGGUUUUAUUGACCAGAUUCAAGCUUCAAAAUCUUAAUAGUUAAAAAGAAGUAAUACAAACAAUAAAAAGACAAAAAAUGGAAGGGGUUUUGCAGUUUGUUCUUUAACAAAAACUUGAAUUGUUUUACACUCUGAAUUACACAAUUCAAAGAAUAACCGAAGAAAAUAUUGACUGUAAAAAAGAGAAAAAGAAAUGCUUUUGCAUAGUUUGCGGCCCCUUUAUUUGCUUAUAGAGUCAUCACUGUGGUGUGACCAAGAAAUAGCAACCAGUCCAGUUCUUGAAUGGAUGUGCAUUGGCAUUUUUUAAAGAUUUGUCAUAAUAUUUUCUUUGAGAAGGGUGUGGACUCCUUAUAUACCAACUGCUGGCAAUAAUUAGCUUAUACCAAGCAAAAUUCCUGUAUUUUCUACUGGACCUGUGUAUCUGCUAUUACACAUAAAUAGCAACUAAUAAUAAAAGAAUUUUAUUUUCUAACAAUAUCAAAAAAACAAAGUUAAUGAUUAUUUUCAUGGUGUACAAGAAGUCCAUCAUGUUAGAAAAAAAUUAGUGAUUAAUUUUUUGUAUAAAAAUAUUUGUUGUAAGAGAUGCUAUUUUUUUAAUGUUUAUAUUUAGUUACUAGUUUGGAAUAACUUUGAUUUUUGUAAUUGAAAUUAUGCUAAUAUUUCUCUUGUAAUAAAUUAUUCA